GGCGCCCUGCCCUGCACAGGUAAUAUGGCGGCCCCCAUGAAAGAUUUCACACGACGAUUGCUCUGGUGCAUUUGGAAAAAUACUCCUAAACCAAUUCGUUGUCGAAGAGUGGAGAUUAAUGCUGUUGAUUAUGGAACAAGAGCCUCUCUCCCAACUACACACAGAUCAGCAAGUAGUAGAACGUUACUUUGCUCACCCUGCAGACGGAUUCAAAAUGCCCAACAUGGGAGGACGUUGUUUGGAUUGUUUAAAAAUAGACAUCCAGCUCAACCUGAUGCAGUUGUGGAGGAUGAGCUUCCGUACAGGGUGGUCAGGCCAGGGAAGGUGAGUCUGAGGCGUAGCGUGCCCGACGACGUGAUGCAACCGGAGUACGCCAGCUCGGGCACCCCGCAGGCAGUGUAUUUCCGCCCGAUUCCAUUGAAGGAGGAGGAGAUGGAGAAGAUGCGAGAUGCUGGGAAGAUGGCCAGAAAGAUACUGGACAUCGGGGCAUCACAUGUCAAGCCCGGUGUAACGACAGAUUUCAUCGACGAGACAAUCCAUGCUGCCUGUCUUGAAAACAAUGUCUACCCCUCCACUCUCAACUACAAGGGUUUCCCCAAGUCCGUCUGUACCUCGGUCAACAAUGUCAUGGUCCAUGGAAUCCCCGACGAUAAACCUCUAGAAGAAGGGGACAUCAUCAACAUUGAUUUCACAGUCUUCUUGAAUGGUUACCAUGGCGACCUGUCGGAGACCUACGCUGUAGGCUCGGUGGAUGAGGCCGGUCUACGUCUCAUCGACACAGCGCGACGGUGUCGGGACGAGGCAAUAAAGAUAUGCCAACCCCAGGCUCCAAUUGCUGAAAUAGGGGUCACGAUACAAAAAAUCGCCCAGGAGGCUGGUUUCUACGUGUGUCCCUCCUUUGUUGGCCAUGGUAUAGGAAAGCAGUUUCACUGUAAACCUGAUAUUUGGCACUAUGCAAAUACCUAUCCAGAGAAGAUGCUGCCUGGCAUGGCAUUCACCAUCGAGCCAGUUGUCAUGGAAACAGUAGACUCCUUCAUCGUUGCUGAAGACGGAUGGACGGUCUUGGCCAAGAGACACACAAGGUCCGCCCAGUUUGAACAUACAAUCCUGAUCACGGAAUAUGGAGUGGAGGUUCCCACGGCCUCGCCUGGCGAGAAUCUUGAGAAGGUGAUGCGAUCUGGUGAUGAUAAAGGAGAUUGCGAUGACUUCUCAUUGCCAGCCUCCUCAUCGGCAGAAUCUCAUCAUCAGAAGUCAUCCAUGGAGGGUGACACCACGGCUGCCAGAACAGCCAAAAACCCAAAUAAGGAUGACUGGAAGUUCGACUGAAGUGUGUUUCACCCGAUUGAAGGAACUGAGGAGUUAUCUUAUUAAAGUAUCCGGUAUAAAAGUAUAAAGUUGCGAAUAAGUUCUCCAUUCGGCCCAAUGUAUCGGGGAUUAUAUCAGUCUGUUAAAAAUGCUGAUAACUUCAUUGUGGGAAGAUUUUGGGAUAGUUGCUUAUAAUCCUACAAUCAGUACCCAAUACAAUGGGACAAGUGCAGAUUAACUUGUCCAAAACUCACCCAGGAUCUUCAGUGAGAUGACUCAUCUUAGUUCCUUCAAAAUUCCCCAGGGAGUUUUGUGUGUGUGUGUGGAUUUUGUGGGAUUGAGGAAGGAAGGGCCCAGUCACUUUACAUGGGGCUUGAUGCAUUCAAAAGGGUGCAAUAGGUUUCUUAUUUAGUGGAGGAUUUUGGAGGAUUCAGGAAAGUUCUCGCCAGAAAUGGCAAGAACAGGGAUGACUAAAAAAUGUUUUUAUAAAAUUUUAUUGAAGGAACAGAAUCGUUUGUGGGGAAAAUAAUUGUCAUUUGAAGGUUCAAUUGUUAUGGUGCUCGUACUCUGACAGGGAACUUUGUGCUUGUGUUCUCGGGCAAGAUGCUUUACUACAAUUGCCCCUCUCCACCCAGGAGUAUGAAUGGGUACCUGUGAAGGUAGAGACCAGAUUGUGCAGAUCUCGAGCUGCUGCAGAAAAAAAAAUGAUCACAUGGCCUGAUGAACAGGGGUAAUAAUUUUGAAGCGCUUUGAGACCUUUGGUAUAGAGUGCUAUACAGCACCACAUUAUUAUUAUUACUUUAAAAUAAAAAAUGAGGAACAAAUUUAUAGUUAAUUCAUUCACAAACUCAUAACGGGUCAAUCCUAAGUCAAGAUUUUCAAAUAAAUUGCAACAAACGAAUUUUGAUAUUUAAUUCUGUAAUUGUAAACAACACGUAAACAAUAAAUUCCAGACCCUACAUUUUUUUCAUUGUGGGGUCAUUACAUGAAGUCAUUUUUGGACCUUCGAUCAAGUGGCUACCAACAGCUGUAAGUGGCAUUAUGAAAGGCUAUUUUUUUCUUCAUUUUGACCUUCGUUGUAAAUUAUCAGUAAUGUGCAUCAAAAUUGCAGUGCUUAGUCGACUGUUCAUGAUUUGAUCCUGAAACUGAAGAGCAGACUUGCAAAAGAUGAGUCUGGCAGAUAUUAGUCAUGAAAGUGUUCACCGUCUUUCAGCUGAAAACAACAUCUGGGGUCAAUUUUCAUGGGAGGAAACAGAAAAUAUCAGUAAUCAAAAUUUCUUGCUAAACGAGCCAAUCCAAUGCUGCAGGAAACCAGCCACAAGCAUUGUAUACCAAAUGACUUUUAGCUGGUAACCUUGCUAAAGCAGAGUAUUUUUUUGUGAUACGCAAUUUUGUUUUUAUGAAAUUGACGCUGAAUCUCAGUUAAAACACAAACUGAAGAAGGCGUUAAGGUAAACCUAUUAUCUUUUUCUUUGAUUAUUUAUCUUAGGGCGAGUAAAAAAAAUGAAAUAGUUUCUCGUACAGGCUUUUUGGAAAAAUGAAGGAGGCCGGCCUUUUUUUCCCCAAAAUGGCAGAUUUUCCAUUAAUGUGGAUUGACUCUUUUGCUGAUACCAAAUUGUGUCGAAACGAGCCGUAACCCUUUCUACAUAACUGCGAUUUUGUUGGAAAGAAAUAAAAAGACAAUAUAUUGACAAUAUAUUUGCAAAAUAUGUUGCACAAAUAUGACUUAAAUAAAGGAACGGGCUGGGAAAAAAAAAAGCGAAUGGGGAUGAGAAACUAUUUUAUGUUUUUACCUGGCCUUGUAAUGGAUUUUUUUGAUCGGUACAUUUUAUUUCUGUAUUAUUUCGUGUUACUUUUGUGGGCGGGAACACUUUUGUACAGGAUUUUUCUCGAUGCAAUUGAGAAUUGCAGAAAUUAUUUAAAUUUCCUCCCUUUAAAUGUAAUGAAAAAAAAAACACGGGAAUAAAGGAAUACAAUUCUUUAAACGACGAUUGGAGUAUUUAAUUUACGGUGGAGUUGAUGGCUCCUUUUGUCCAUUUGAAAUGAAAUGCAUGUCUCAUAAUGAUACUGCCGGUUGUUUUGUUUUCAAAAGUAUGUAAUUAAAGAAUGUCAUUAAUCUAUCACCAUUGUUAUAACUUCCUAUUUCCGACCAAAACAACAUUCAUUGUAAACGCAGCGGUGCCAAGCGCCGUCUGCAAUUCUAAUCAAAUUUUUACCAGAGCACGGUGAACAAAGUAACAUGAAGUAUUCAAGAUCUUGUGUUCAUCUCAUGAACUCAAUACUCCCUCAGUAGCAUCGUGAAAUCGGAUAUAAGAACUACAAAAAGAUGUGGCCAGUACGGAUCACGGACAAACAAGUAAAGAAUUCUAUAAAUAACCACAGCGCUGAGUGCUCGGUUUUUAAAUAGGAACGAUAUUAGCUAUUGUUGGACUACAUGAAAGCGAGGAAUUUAAUACUAUAUUCAUAGGAGUCCAGGUUGAGGAAGCUGAUUAAAGUUGCUUGUGUCUGUU